CUAAAUGGACUGGAGAAUGGCCCCACCUCCUUUGCUUCAGUCAAGAUCUUACAGCACACCUUUACUAUAAAAAGACACAGGGCUUCUUCAAAUCUCUCAGCUAAGAAUUCGGAUCUUUGACAUCUGGAUUAAUCCACUUUCCAGGAUUCCUGCGAUGAUCUCUACAAAACACCAAAUGGCUCAAAAAUUAACAGAAGAGGAGGAGGAAAAAGAAUCCAAACUUGACUACAGUGACAAUUCUUCUCUAUUACCUGACUCAGGUCCACCUGUAUUUAAAAUAUUGACAAAAUGGGUUCCAAAGGCCUCCUACUAUUUUGACAAAGAACAUUAUUGUUAUGCUGGCCAUCAGAUCAUCAUUCAAGAAUCCAUUGAAUGCUUUGGAGCGGUAGUAUGGCCUGCUGCCCUUGCCUUAUGUCAAUACCUGGAAUCAAAUCAAGAGGAAAUUAACUUCAAAGAAAAGAAAGUCCUUGAAAUUGGAGCUGGGACAGGUCUAGUGUCUAUUGUGGCAAGUAUAUUAGGAGCUUUUGUUACUGCUACUGACUUGCCUGAGGUACUUGAAAACUUGGAGUUCAAUAUUACUAGGAAUACACAGAAUCUAGACAUUCACAAGCCUGAAGUGAGGAAACUCAUUUGGGGCAAGAAUCUCUCUGAAGACUUUCCUAAAGCAACCCACUAUUAUGAUUUCAUUGUGGCUACUGAUGUUGUCUAUCAUCACAUAGCUCUAGAUUCUCUGCUGGAUACACUUUACUACUUAUGCCAGCCUGGAACAAUAUUGCUUUGGGCAAAUAAAUUUAGAUUCAGCACAGAUUAUGAUUUUUUGGACUCAGUAAGCAACACAUUCAAUAUUACCCAGCUAGCAGAAUUUCCAGAGUCAAGUAUCAAGUUGUUCAAAGGGACCAUAAAAGAGAAUUAAAAUGAGGAAGCAGAAGCCAGAUUAAAGUGCAAAAGCUGAGACUUUAACAGACUACUAAGAGUCUGAUUCUUAACUUUCACGACUUAACCCUUUUCAAUUAGGUAGUUAUUCAGCACUUUUUUCAAAGACAAAUUGUUUCUGCAAAAUAAUAGAUACUAGGAAGCCUGGACUUCUUGGUCAUGCUUUUCCCUUAGAUAUACCCAUGUCCAGCUUCUGGCACAUUCUGGAAUUCCUUCAUUGACGUUUAAUUCAGCAAUCCCCAACCUUUUUGGCAUCAGGGGCUGUUUCAUGGAAGCCAGUUUUUCCAAGAACUGUGUGUGUGUGUUUCGGUUUUGCUUGCUCUCUUGCCAUUUACCUUCAGCUGUGUGGCCCAGUUCCUAACAGAGCACAAACCGGUACCGGUCCAUGGCUCAGAAGUUGGAGACCCCUGGUUUAAUAGAUAUUUAUAAAUGAAGAUUUGAAGCUUUAUGGAUCUAAUCACAUUGUUAGAUUAGAAACAGAAAGGAGAGGAGGUCCACUUUUAUCCUACAAUAUGUCCUCAUAAAUCAAAAUUGCUAAGUUAAAUUGCCACUAAUACACCAUGAAAGCUAAGAGUUUACACUUUUUCUAAUUAGAAUAUAAGGAAACGUGAGUGCAUAGUCCUUGUACAGAGCCACAUUGUUGAAAAAUUAAAACAGAUUUCAAAUUUGUUCAAUGUUUUUAUUUUUAAAAAAUUAAACCAUGAGUACUUAAACCUUUGAUAUUUAAAUCUGCACAUUUAUUCUGCAGUUUUGUUUUUCAAACAUUAUUAACAUAUAUGUAUAAGUUUUACAAUACCUGAUUAAGUAUUAACUGACACUUUAUACAUGUAUCGAUUUUUUACCGAUACUCUGUAUCAUGUGGAUAUUUGUGAGUAUCUCCAAACUGAAGAUAUCCAGAGCACCUUUGCAAUAGUAAUUCAGAAUACAUCGUUAGUGAGUGUGGAAGUUAUUCUUAAAAAAAAAAAUAAUAAAAUGUAAACUCUUGCAAAUGAUACUGGUAAUUAAGUUCUGUUAUUAUUAAAUCUAAUAAAUAA